AUGAACUCCACGUGUAGGGCUCAAGCCGGCGCCCUGUCUUCCUUCCCGUCAUCGCCUCCCGCUUCAAUGGUUGACAUUUGGGUGCACCCGAGGCACGGAGGGCUCCAGGAGAUGAUCCUGAAAGAGAGGAAGUGGACAGCGAAAGCCAUUCAGCAACGGCGCAGCCUGCAGAAGGACGAGAAGGAAGCGAAGAUUGUGGAGGCUCCGGCGCAGAAGGAAGCUCUGGAAAGAGCAGGCGUGAAGAGAGCCUGGUGGUUUGUAAUCAUAGGCAAAGGCAGCGACGACAGAUGCAUGUCUUCAGUGGGCGUACCUGUGGAAACAUAUGUGGACAGGUCGCGGAAUGGCUGCCUGCUGCCGACAAACGUCUCGAUUGGGCCAGAAGGGGGGCGGCCACCGUCCUACAACAUCCCCGGAAGGCUUACUACACUGGCUGCGGCCGCCAUGUCCGUUGAAGAUCUGAAUGUGGUGGCCGUGCAGCUGGCGAAGCCACUUCCGGCCUCAGACAUGACAGGCUUCGCGCUUUCAUACGUUUGCGGCGUGAAGUUCAG